CUUUUGCCUUCAACAAAGAUGGUGCCUCCAGCCCCGGGCCGGGAGCGUGUAUAAUCCCCGGCUUUCCGGCUCUUUAUGACACGAUCACUUUAUGCAAGAGGAAUAAUGAGGAGAGGGAGGAACCCUAAAUCUUACCUGCUGGAUUAGAUGAGCUACAGAAAAUACUAGACCUGCAGUGUCAAUGGAUGCCAGAGACAAGCAGGUUCUGCGUUCCCUGCGGCUGGUGCUCUGCUCAGAGGUGCUGGUGGAGGGGCUCAUCAUUCAGUACCUCUACCAGGAAGGCAUUCUAACAGAAAACCACCUUCAAGAAAUAAAGUCCCAAGCCACCAAUCACAGAAAAACCAUGAUGCUUCUAGAUAUCCUUCCUACCAGAGGACCCAAGGCCUUUCAGACUUUCUUAGAUUCCUUACAGGAGUUUCCAUGGGUGAGAGACAACUUGGAGAGAAAACGUAAGGAAACGAUGGCAGAGGAUCCUGUAGAUGACGGGUUAACUGGAAUUCCACCAGACGUUUUGAAGAACCCACCAACAGAUCAGCAGAUUAACAAACUUGCCAGGAGUCUGGGGCCUGAGUGGGAGCAUAUUGUACUGUAUCUGGGUUUGUCACAGAAUGACAUCUACAGAUGUAAAGUCAAUCACCCUCACAAUGUGCAGUCACAGAUUGUGGCUGCAUUUGUCCUUUGGAGACAGCGUUUUGGAAUCAAAGCAACAAUCCAAAGUCUGCACACCAGUCUGAUGGCCGGAGAAGUGGAUCCUUCUGUGAUCCAGCAUAUGCUUGAGUGAAGUCUUGUUAUCGAUUGGUGGCUCUUGAGUUUUUUGCUAAAUGAAAUACAUUGGAUUCACUGAAUCACUUAUCAGUGUUCUGAUGUCUCUUAAUUAGAAAGCGAGGAAAUGGCAGACAAGCAGCUUGGUAAUUUUAUUACUCUGUGCUUCCUUGUAGCUUUCAGUUCUCUGUGGGAGGUUUUGACGUCUCUUAUAAUUACAUGUAUGCCAGAUUAUUUUUUAACAGGCUUUAAGAAAUUAUCGUUCUUUUUGUUCAUUUUUAUACUUCUUCCAAAUGUUAUAUAGUUAAGAAGGCGUUGACGCUUAAAGUUUGCUAGAGUCUUUGCAAGCAGUGAGCCACAUCCUGAGAGGUGCUGAGCUAAUAGUAAUGGGAGGUUGUUGGGCUCAGCAUUUCCCUUAGGACUUUGCCCAUUGUUAUUGUAUUAUGUAAGAAUACUCUAAGGCAGGAGUAGGCAAACUACGGCCUGAUCCGGCCUGCCAGCCAUUUUAAUCCGGCCCUCGAGCUCCUGCUGGGGAGUGGGGUCUGGGACUUGUCCCAGUCCAGCACUCCAGUUGUGGAGCAGGGUUGGGGGCCGCUCUGCGCGGCUCCCAGAAGCAGCAGCAUGGCCUCCCUCCGGCUC